UUUUGAAAAAAUAUAUAAAUAAUUGUAAUGUUCAUAACCGAUUUCAAUUGUACAACCGGUUAUUUGGUCUGCAUUUCGAUUUACGUGCGUUGUUUGUCUUUGUCUUGUUUAUAAGCACUUUUCGUACAUUUUACUGUGUGACACCGAAAGCUGAUUUUCGGCUAUUUUUGCUACAAUAUUUGCGAAACUUUGUCAACCUGGAGGGAGAGGAAGUAUCAGCAGACAUGGACGUCGCCUUAGAGGCGGUGUCCGAGAACCUGGAUACUUCGGAGGAGGACCUGUUGUUGAAAAACGAUAAGGCCGAUGCAGAAGCUACUUCUUUUGGGGAUGAGGAGGCGGCUGACGCUGCUUUGGAGGCAGAACUGUCUCCGAACGACCACCUUGACCUGAAGGACGAGGACACUCUUAAAGACUAUGAUACGAGGAGUGAAAUUUCUAAUGCAUCUCAGCAUUCACUCUCUUCUGCAGGUUCAUUCCGGUCUGGGAAAAACAAUGGCCUCUCCGAGAAGGAAGGCAGCCCUCCACCAUCAAAGAAAAGAAGUCCCAUAGUGGUUGAUUCAAGGCGCACCCCCUCGCCCAAAAGGACAGCAGUCUCUUCAAAAUCCUAUGAUUAUGCCACAAAGCUGAAUUACUUGUUCAGAGGUGCUAGAUUUUUCUUGAUGAAGAGCAACAAUGCAGAGAACAUUGCUCUGUCCAAAGCCAAGGGUGUUUGGUCCACCCUACCUAUUAACGAGACUAAACUUAAUCAAGCUUUUCGAGAAUCAAGGAAUGUCUUGCUUGUUUACUCCGUCAAAGAAUCGGGGAAAUUUGCAGGUUUUGCCCGACUGGCCACUGAAUCACAGAGAGACGUUGCUCCGGUCUCUUGGGUGCUACCUAGUGGGCUCUCAGCAAAGGCAUUGGGAGGGGUUUUUGAUGUGGACUGGAUUUGCAGGAAGGAGCUUCCUUUUAGUAAAACAUUGCAUCUUUACAACCCUUGGAAUGAUAGCAAGGCUGUCAAAAUUGGCAGAGAUGGACAGGAAAUUGAGCCAAGGGUGGCUGAGGAGCUUUGUCGGCUGUUUCCAGAGGAUCCCAACAUCGACAUGACUCCGAUCCUGCGCAAGUCAAAAGCAGCUUCAAAACGUGUUGGCGGCAGCGUAGAAGUGCAGACUCGGCGGCUGGAAACUCGGAUGAGGCGUGCACCGCCGCGCAGCCGUCUCGGUCGGCGCCGCGGCGGCGGCGGCCGACCUGCGGAGUUUGGGAGGAUGCCGCGCAGAGGCAGCAGGUAUGACGAUGAUGAUUACAGACCUCGUAGAGGUGCUCGAGACUUGGCAGUGGUGGACUUAGCAGAAAUGCGUGACAGAUCUCCAAUUAGAUUCUCAGACAGAUCUUACACAGCUCCUUCUCCUUACUCUUACUAUAUGCAAGAACUUCACAGAUCAGCUCCAGUUGCACCUUUGCCCUAUCCUGCUCCUCCGCCAUUUGAAUCUGCACCCAAACCUCCACCGAGGUACUACGACAGCCCUCCAGACUAUUCAAGAUCUUCAAGGCUUGACUAUGAUUCACAUGUUUAUGAUCGAAGCGUGGACGAGUUCCUUCGAAGAACCUCUGACCGCCGGGAGGACAGAAGGGAGCGUGACAGGGACAGGAGGGAGAGGGCCAGCCGCGAUGAGCGCGAAAGAUACUACAGCAGAAGGUAGGCGCGGACUGAAGGUUGACAGACAAGAAGCUCCCACCUAAUUUUAUGGAUCCAUCAGUUUGCAUUUCAUCAAUUUUGUAAUAACCGUUAGCAUAAAGAAAGAAAAAUGAAGUGUAUUGAUUAAAUUGCAAUAUUUGCUCCUUUUCAUGUGCAA